AUGGAAGAUUUCAUCGAGAGAGUGAAAGGCCUUACCGUCAGUGAUUUAGGAAAGUCGAGUAUCGAUGAACUGGAAAGGGAAAUCCGUGGUGAUGACGAUGGCGACAUGAUGAAAAGGUCGUUGCUUGAGAUGAGGCUACGGGCUCUUGAGUCUGAGGCGAAAUUGAACGGGACGUACCUGGAGGACUGUGAUGGACUUUGGAAGUUCACUCCCCGUACGAUCCCUGAGGGAAAAGAGGAACAGUUGAGACUAUUUGACAACAUUUCAAGAAAUACUCUUCGAAAAUACUACAAAGACGUAGGCGAAACAUUCGAAUUGGAUCCGAACAACCUCCCUGAUGCAGAGAUGAAAUCACUGGGUUCCGCUUCAUUCUCUGUGAGAGGCAAACGUGACAUUUUCAACAACCCGUUUAUCCUAUUGCGAGCUCAUCUCAUUCCUGACUCGCAAGUAUGUGCGCCAAAGAAGCCACAGAACUUUAUUACAUUCUCGGGUCCCAAAGAAGUUUAUGAUGUUGAUCCUAGCGUCAUGAUCAUGCCAAUUAUGUCCCUGGACUCCGUGCGCGAGGACUGGCAAGAUGAUAUCUCCUUCGAUGCUCUGGUAAUUGCUAAUGAGGAAGAAGUCUACGAGAUCUUGCUUGCACUUCAUGAAUAUGAAAUGAGGCGCCGCCAGACAAACCUUCCGGACGAGGUGAAUUGUUCUGUGAUUGGAGAAAUGCCUCACAAUCGUAGUGGCGCCGACGUGGUGGCGCCUCCUCAGGAAGGAGAGGACGACUGGGAAACUCUGGGGGAUUAA